UUUUGCUAUAUUAACCAAAAUCAGAAUACAAGCCAAAUGUAAAAUAGCAUUGCCAUAUGAAUACAGCCAGGCAGUGGUGAUAUGAGACUGUUCCGCUUUAUGAUGAAGUUGCUGUGUCUCGCUAAUUUUGCUAUCACUCAAUCUCCUGACAUUGCCUUGCAUUACGUAAUAGUGCGUCCCCACCCCUUACACACCCACUGCUGCGGAGAACAUCUGGGAGUAUUUAAGGCAGAAAAGCACCGAAAGAAGCUCAUAGCAUAACAAUAUGAAGUCGCUGCUGCUGAUGUUGCUGGCCACCGUCGCCACCCAGGCCAGUGAAGACCGGUCGUACGUGUACGACAUUCGUGUAUGUUCCGAGGCAAACUACCAGGGAGUGUGCCACGAAUUCAAUGAGCCUGUACCAUACCUAAGCAACUACAACCUUGACAACAUUAUUUCCAGCAUCGAGGUAACUGGAGUGUGGUUAUUCUACGGUCAGCCGGAGUACAACAAUUAUCAACUGUCAUCAGUCCACUGGGCCUGGGGUAUCAACUAUAAAGAGAAUCUAUACACCAUAAAUAACCAGAUAUCGUCUUUGAGGUACGCCGGGAGCCAAACAAAGUUCAAUGAGGCAGGAUAUAACCUCUAUGAGGGAGAAACGUUCACCAAGAAGGAUCUGUACUGGAAUAACAACAUUUCUGACCUGUCGCAAUACCAUCAAGAAGUAAAAUCUAUCAUUAUCAUCGGACAGAGCUCUUGGACAUUCUGCGAACAAGCCAACUACAGCGGAAAAUGUGUUUGUCUGAAAGCUGAUAAACAUGACUCGAACCUCCUGAAAAGGCUGGACGUAGGAUUUUAUCACCGUCUCUCGGAUCUGUACAUGUACAACGUAAUGUCAGUAAAGAAGGGAUGUUAUUAACCGGGGCGUGUGCCACUUCCAUCCUAUCAACAGGAACAAGACAACAAUGUUCACAAGACAAUCCUAUCCCUUCCUCAGCAGAAAAGAAGCAAGAAACUUCAUAAAAAUUUAGUAUCUAUGUAAUGGUUACAUCCAUUAAGAAGGAAAUAUAUAUGAUAACUAAGCAAUUCUUACAACCUUAUGAACAAUCCUGUUCUCUGCCAAUCUUUCCGCCCACCAUAAACGUUUUCUAAGCUAUGCAUGUCAUAUUUCCAUCCCAACUGUUCAGAGAUUAAGUAUGCUCUGAAUGUCUCUUUCAAACUUAAGCAUCUGGGCUAUAUCAAAACAAUGUGAAACAAUCGGAACACUUUUUUAAUAAAGCGGUAAAUUACA